CUAUUAUCCCGGAAAAUCCACCGAACACUUUCUCGACUACCAAACACCACCAAAAAGUGAAAAACUCUCCCUUUCGUCCCCAAAACUGCGUUCGGAUUUCAAUUCGUCGAAAUGUCCACGUCAACACAACACCAAUUUCGGUACACUCAAACCCCUUCGAAGGUUCUCCACCUUCGCAACCUUCCAUGGGAGUGCACCGAUGACGAGCUCGUUGAGCUUUGCAGACCCUUCGGCAAGAUCGUUAACACUAAGUGCAAUGUUGGCGCCAAUCGCAACCAGGCUUUUGUCGAAUUUGCGGAUCUAAAUCAAGCCAUUUCAAUGGUUUCAUAUUAUGCUUCGUCUUCCGAGCCUGCUCAAGUUCGUGGUAAAACUGUUUACAUUCAAUAUUCUAAUAGACAUGAAAUUGUCAACAACAAAAGCCCUGGGGAUGUUCCUGGUAAUGUCUUGUUGGUAACGAUUGAAGGGGUGGAAGCUGGAGAUGUCAGCAUUGAUGUUAUUCACUUGGUGUUUUCUGCGUUUGGCUUUGUACACAAGAUAGCUACAUUUGAAAAGACUGCAGGUUUUCAGGCUCUGAUUCAGUACACUGAUGCUGAUACUGCUGCUGCUGCUAGGAACGCACUGGAUGGAAGAAGCAUACCUAGAUACUUGCUACCAGAGCAUGUUGGUGCUUGUCACUUGCGUAUCUCAUACUCAGCUCACAGAGAUCUCAAUAUCAAAUUUCAAUCUAAUCGCAGCAGGGACUACACAAAUCCCAUGCUUCCUGUUAAUCAUACUGCCAUAGAUGGGGCAUUACAGCCUGUUGUAGGUCCUGAUGGGAAGAAGAUAGAACCCGAGAGUAACGUGCUUUUGGCUUCAAUUGAAAAUAUGCAGUAUGCCGUCACUGUAGAUGUCCUUCACACGGUGUUCUCUGCAUUUGGUACUGUGCAGAAAAUUGCUAUCUUCGAAAAGAAUGGCCAAACUCAGGCACUAAUUCAAUAUCCUGAUGUCACAACAGCGGCAACUGCCAAGGAAGCUUUGGAGGGGCAUUGCAUAUAUGAUGGUGGCUAUUGUAAGCUUCAUCUAACAUACUCUCGUCAUACUGAUCUCAAUGUGAAGGCCUUCAGCGACAAAAGUAGAGACUAUACAGUGCCACAAGUUCCUGCAGUACCUUGGCAGAAUCCUCAGGCUGGUCCUAUGUAUCCUGGUCCUGCCCCUGCAUUACAAGGUCAAGUUCCCGGAGGACAAAUGCUAUCUUGGGAUCCAGCCCAGCAGGCAGCUACACCGAGCUAUGUAUCCGCACCCGGUACGUAUCCCAGUCAUACCUAUGCAGCUCCUCCAACUCCUGCUUAUCCUACUGCUGCCGCAUCCUCACCUAUUGCUCAGAGCAAUCCUCUUGUUCAUAAUGCAAGUUCCAUGGGAAUCACUCAGCCUGGGAUUCCAUUGAAUGUGAAUUUGCAACCCGGUGGUGCUUCACCUUCAGUUCCUGCUUCGUCGCCUCUUAUGCAAGCCAGCCCAAUUGCUGGUGCAUCACCUCCUGCUCAUCAACCUUACUUCAGUUGAUUAUAAUUUAACCGAGUGAGAAUCCGUUGCACUCUGAUAGAAAAGUUUUCCCCUUUAACAUCUCUAGUUGAAUCUCAUAAUUCUGUCUCAACUGUAAUUUCAGUGUCUGAUAAUGCCUCUUCUAUUUAUCCACGCUUUGCCGAGUAUAAUACUUGCUGCUUGCUGGGCUUUUUUGUUCUCUCUGUAUGCUGCAUCUGCCCUAAACAAUGUAAACUAUGCAUUUGUGGAAAACUUGUGCACAGGCCACGUAUUUACAGUUCACUUUUUGGUUAAACUUA